CCUAGACAUGGUGACCAUUCGGCAAGCCCUGCUUUCUGUGAAAGGCGAGGACGCUAGUUCCAUUUCGCCAAUUGUUGCUGCCCUUUCAGAUUUAGGCUUUGACGUAGAUGCCGAGGUCAGCAGCGCUUUCCGCCUGCUGAACGCGGAACAAGCAGCAGGCCUCAAUCUUCGACAGCAGUUGGCUCUAAAGGCCGCCAUCCAAGUGGUUCUGGAUGAGAAUGCCACGCGCUUCUUUGGUGCACUGCAUACCAUGCAUGGUCAUGAUCUUCUGAACCGUUACUGUGGCAACUACUGUCCCGCCACCGGGUCCCAGCUCUGGUGUGAAGUCUUUGUAAAGGCUAAUGCGUUGUGCUACGAUAAGUCUUUGUGGGCCGUGAGGAAGAACAUUGGUGGCACCGUACGUUGCCACGGGAAAAGCGGUAAAUCCAAGGCCGAGAGUCGUACGUCUUGGUGUCGUACGCUAGGUUGUGAUAGCGCAACAGAAAGUGCUGAUUCUGGCACCAGCAAUGCUGCAGCAGGCCUGCCAGCUUGCAAGCUGCAGCUCCGGCGAGACUCACAGAACCAGGACCUGUUCUUCUUUGAGCCCAUGGACACCAACAGCACUGCAGCUGCUGUACGCGCUGGCGUGAGCAGCAGGUUCUUCCUGGACCCCGAGGGCAGGCAGAUAGAUGAGCUGCAGAAGUGGCUGGGCCUUGUCGAGGAUGAGCACCGUAAUGGCAGACCCAUCCCACCGCUGAUCAUCAACGGUCUGAUCAAGAGUGGCAAGUCCUACAUGCUCAAGGAGGUUCUGCCUGCUGUGGCCAACACCUACUACAGCAGCGGCCGGCAGCAUGCCGGCACGGUGCUUUCAGAGCCCAACUUCCUGCAUGUGAAGUGCUUGACCUUAGAUCGGUUGAGCGGCAGCAGUGUCUUCCUUCAGGAAUUCCUCAUUAAACUCAAGCGGAGCGCUGCCGACCAGCAGCUCUCUGCUGCCGCCAGCACGCCUGCACCCAGCGACAACUCGGCUGGUGCUGUAGUGGACGCCAUUCAGGACUUCAUGUGGCGCCUGCCACGGGACCGCCUGAACUUCCUGCUGAUUGACGAGGCGCAGAGCUUUUACCUGCUUAAGCGGAGCAUGUGGGAUGACUUUUCGGGGGAUGGCUUUUCGCCGCGCGGCUCAACUCUGGACAUGGACGAAGUGCAGCUCAUGCGGCGCAUCUUCAAGAAACUCCUGCUGGACAGCCCCCACUGGGUCGCCUGGGCCAUCACGGGCAGUGGCAUGGCGACGCUAUGGGCCAACAUUGCUGCCACCCCG